AUGACUCUGAUCUGUGUCCUCAUCUGGACUCUCCUCUGCUGCUGCUUCACAGAGUCCAGAGGACAGACCACAGUGACUCAGUCUGGAGCAGUGAGCUCUGCUCUGGGAGUUGUCACCAUCAGCUGUAAGACCAGUCAGAAUGUGUAUUAUGUUUCAGUUCAUGAGUUAGCCUGGUACCAACACAAAGAUGGACAACCUUUGAAACUGCUCAUUUACUUUUCCAAUGCUCGAGCAUCAGGGAUUCCAGAUCGAUUUACAGGCAGAGGAUCUUAUUCUGACUUCAGUCUGAUCAUCAGUGGAGUCCAGGCUGAAGAUGCUGCAGUUUAUUACUGUCAGAGUUCUCACAUGAUCAACAGACAGCGUGUUGUAUCACUGUUGUGGACUUUUGGUGGAGGAACCAGACUGGAUGUUGGAAGUGUUGUCCGUCCUACCCUGACGGUGCUGCCCCCCUCCAGUGAGGAGCUGCAGCAGGGGAAGGCCACGCUCAUGUGCCUGGCCAACAAGGGCUUCCCCUCAGACUGGAGUCUGUCCUGGAAGGUGGACGGCAGCAGCAGCAGCUGCAGCAGCAGCAUGAGCUGGGAGGAGAGCCCCGGGGUGCUGGAGAAGGAUGGCCACUACAGCUGGAGCAGCACCCUGAGGCUCCCUGCAGACCAGUGGAGGAAGGUGGUCUCUGUGAGCUGUGAGGCCACCCAGGGCUCCCAGACUCCACUCUCAGAGACACUGAGGAGAGACCAGUGUUCCCAGUCCUGACUCACUCACUGGGACUCUCAUACUGGUCUGACUCUGUUACUGCUCUCUGUUUAGCUCUCUGUAAUUCUCUCUCUUUUUUUAAAUCUUUUUUUCUUUUAAUUAAUUUUUCAGACUAAACAAAGAUUAUAACAGCUAUAUCUUCCUCUUCAUAAUGAUACAGUUUAUGU